UGUUUUCCUUUGUAACCUCCAGUUGCUUUAGGUCAUCAGUAUGUCUGGACGAGGCAAGCAGGGUGGCAAGGCUCGCGCCAAGGCCAAGACCCGCUCCUCCCGGGCCGGCCUGCAGUUCCCCGUGGGCCGUGUGCACCGCCUGCUCCGCAAGGGCAACUACUCGGAGCGGGUGGGCGCCGGCGCCCCGGUGUACCUGGCGGCCGUGCUGGAGUACCUGACGGCCGAGAUCCUGGAGCUGGCUGGCAACGCGGCCCGCGACAACAAGAAAACCCGCAUCAUCCCGCGCCAUCUGCAGCUGGCCAUCCGCAACGAUGAGGAGCUUAACAAGCUGCUGGGGCGCGUGACCAUCGCGCAGGGCGGCGUCCUGCCCAACAUCCAAGCUGUGCUGCUGCCCAAGAAGACCGAGAGCCACCAUAAGACCAAGUGAGCAGAUUUAGAUACACCCCCAAAGGCUCUUUUCAGAGCCACUCA